AUGCCGAAGGGAGUCAGAGAGAUCGAGUUCGCCGUCCGCUAUCGGUGGGGCCAGCUGGAAACUAGGCUGUUCGUAGACGAGACGGAUAGAUGUAGCGAAUCCGAAUCAGACGAUUUUGCCUCGAGCCACGAAGCCUGGGACAACAAUUCUGGUCAAAACUACCGACUGACUGGACGAUCACAUCGUCAGACAGAAUCGAUAUUUAGGCUUCCCCAGGCCCUGGUAUACGGGAUUCGAGUGUGA